AUCCUUGGUGCUUUAUACACCACCAACGAUGGUGUCCUGUCAGCAGAAGGUCUGACUAGAGCUUUGUUUGCUGGAGCGACGAAGGGAGGAUUGCAAUCAAUAAAUUCUGAGCCGAAAAAGAUUAGCUACGACAAGGAGAAAGCUUUGUGGCACAUAGAAUUAGCAAACGGAGAGAAUGUGACGACGAGGAAUAUUGUGAACGCAGGAGGGAUAUGGGCGAACGAUAUUGCUCGUCUAUCUGGUCAUGAAUUGCCGAUGGUCAUAGUUGAAGCUCAAUUUGCUGAUCUGACGCCCGAUGCCUCCAUCCCUGAUAUGCCUGCCAUAACCGACCAUGACAGCACAUUUUACCUGCGCAAAAACGGUGAUAGCUACUUUUUUGGCGCAUUUGAUCCUUACGAUAAAGUUGUUAUCAGGGAGGACUGGUUACGGAAAGGAGUUCCAUUGGAAGGCUCUCGUGCUAUCAAACCUGACUUUUCUCGCAUUGAAGAGGCAUAUGCGCGAGCCUGUAAACUCAUACCUUGUAUUAGAGAAGCAAAAGUAACACCGAAAGCAGCUGCAAUAAGUAUGACUCCAGACGGCUACCCUUUGGUGGGACCGUUUGAUAAAAACUAUUGGGUUGCAACAGGUUUUAUGGACGGUGUUACUAGUGGUGGUGGGCUAGGAAAAUAUAUUGCUGACUGGAUGGUUGAUGGUCAACCUCCCAUGGAAUUUUGCGACACUGAUGCCAACAGAUACGACAGAUGGGCAACUCGAGAAUUCAUUUUGGAGAAAAGCAAAGAAACCUUUUCAAUGUUCUACAAUUGGUCUGACUCUGAUCGCCCAGCUGGCAGACCCACAGAUCGAAUCAGUGGAAUAUAUGGGCGUCUUAAGAGGGACAAAGGAGAAUUUUUGUUUAGAAACGGAUGGGAGGUCCCUCAAGUAUUUGGAAUCGGUGACGAAGGAAUUUUGGCUACCUUGAGUCGUGAACAUCAAAUGGUAACCAAUAAAUGUGGUGUCAUUGACAUGUCUUGGAAAGGAAAAAUCGAAGUAAAAGGAGAGGGGGCCGAGGCUCUUUUGGAUUAUGCGCUAUGUUCAAGGGUUCCUGCGCUCGGUAAGAUCCGUUCUGGUUUGAUGCUGACCGGACAAGGACGCAUACUAGGUCCAUUGAACAUCUUCCAUCAUGACAGCAAACGAUCUAAUUUCCUAGUGCUUACGGAACCGGAAAGAGAAAACAGAGAUAUUUAUUGGCUUCGACGAGCUGCCGCUGAAAAGAAGCUCGAUGUUCAGGUCAACUGUGUUUCGGAAUACCUCGCUUCUAUCGCGCUUGUGGGUCCUAAUAGCAGAGAGGUACUUGCAAAGCUCACUAAAAGUGACGUUUCUGAAGAAGCUUUCCCUCAACAUUCUGCUGGUCAUAUACGUAUUGGUACCAUCUCGGUUGUUUGCGUUCGUAGCUCCACGUCGACAGGGCAACUCAGCUAUGAGUUGUUCCACGACAGAGCUGAUUCGGCGAAGCUUUAUCAAGAGAUACUUGAUGCCGGUGCGUCAUAUGGCAUAGUAAAUUUUGGCCAGGAUACAUGGAACAUAAUGAGACUCGAACAUGGAUACAAAGUUUGGGGACGAGAACUUACUUUGGAUACAAAUCCUUAUGAAUGUGGUUUGGAAGGUCUCGUCGACCUCAAUAAGGAAGACUUCAUCGGCAAAUCAGCCGUAAUUGAGCAGAGUAAGAAGACAUAUGAUCGUCGUCUCGUCCUUCUUACCUUUGAUCCCUCGGAUAAUCCCGAUGUACAUCUGAAAUGGGAACACAUUCCUUCCGGUCACGAAGUUGUUCGCCGUCAAGGGCAUGAAGAGCGAAUUGGUCAGAUCACUUCGGCUUCAUACAGUGUUCGCCUGGGAAAACCCAUAGCAUUUGCUUGGAUAGACAGUGACGUUCAGUCAGACGAAAAGGUAUGGCAACUUUUCCAGUAAAA